AAAGUUUAAAUGUGUUCUGUAAGUACCCUGUUUAUUGUCUUUGCAGAAACUGGCUAAAGAUAGAGAAUGUUAAGUCAUGUCCAACUCUUUCUUUAUAACAGAUAAUGAACCAAACCAAAUCCCAGGGCCCAAGAGGACUUUGGCGCCAACUCGUACAGCAGAACCAAGUCAGGUAGUAGAUCUAAAACAGGGACCUCAAGAACUUCAGGAAAGGAAAAUCCAGGUGCUUGAGGAGAAAGUUCUCCGACUUACAAGGACGGUUCUUGACCUCCAGUCUUCUAUUGCUGGAGUGAAUGAAAACCUCAAACAUGCCAUCCAGGAUGACGCCAGUAAAAUGUUGGUAUCAUGGUUCAGCAACGUGCAUCCCCAGCCAACACCUGACAGUGCUGUUGGUGGAGACACAGAAACAGUCCAACUUCCUGGCAUCAGCAACAAGGAAUCUGGCAUGAAGGACAUCAAGUCUGAAUUGGCUGAAGUCAAGGAUACUCUGAAGACCAAGAGUGACAAGCUAGAAGAACUUGAUGGGAAAGUGAAGGGUUAUGAAGGGCAGCUCAAACAGCUCCAGGAGGCUGCCCAGGGCCCUACAGUGACUAUGACGACCAACGAACUCUACCAAGCCUAUGUGGAUAGUAAGAUCGAUGCCCUGAGAGAGGAGCUCAUGGAGGGAAUGGACAGAAAGCUGGCCGAUUUGAAGAACUCUUGUGAGUACAAGAUGGUUGGCCUCCAGCAACAGUGUGAUGACUAUGGGAGCAGCUACCUGGGUGUGACAGAACUCAUAGGAGAGAAGGAAACAAACCUGAGAAAAGAAAUAAAUGACCUUCGAGCCCAGCUACAGAAUCCUUCAGUCCAGGCAAACUGCUGUGACCAUGAAAAGAAUGGUGACUUUGGUCAACAGAUUAAGAUGUUAGACCAGAAGAUUGAAAGAGUUGCUGAAGCCACCAGAAUGCUGAAUGUGCGACUGGACAAUGAGUUUGAUCGCCUCGUAGUUCUAGAACCUGAGGUGGACUUUGAUGCAAGAUGGAAUGAGCUAGAUGCAAGGAUCAAUGUGACAGAGAAGAAUGCGGAAGAACAUUGCUUUUACAUCGAGGAAACCCUUCGGGGGACCAUUAGUGGAGAGGUAGAUGAGUUGAAGCAACUUCUCGACCAGAAAAUACAGUCUUUGGAAGACCGUCUUGGGAGCAGUCUCCUGGAGAUUGCCAACAACACUGAUGCAGAAUUCACUCCCUCAGGCUCAGCUCUACCAGGUGUGUCGGGGUCAGGGAAUGAACAGGUCAUGACUGACUUAAACCACUUGAAGGAUAGAGUUCAAGUUGUUGAGGAUAUUUGCCGGCAUAACUCCCAGGGAGAGCCUCAUGGGAUAGAAGGUACUCUGCCAAAUGGGGAAGACCACAUAGUGGGUGACAGUUCAAGGCUUUUGAAAUCUCUGAAUGACACAAUGCACAGGAAGUUUCAGGAAACUGAACGCAACAUCCAGAAACUUCAACAGGAUUUCAGUUUCCUUUAUUCUCAACUAAAUCACACAGAAAAUGAUGUGAAUCUUCUUCAGAAUGAGAUGAGCAAUUGUAGAGAAGGUAAAAACACUGAAGGGGGUGGGUUUACUAAGAGGGAUGAGCAAGAAAGGACAGACGAGACUCUCCCGUCUCGACAGGAUCCCACGGCACAUUGCAGCCAGCUGGAGGAGAGGUUGCAGAGGCUGCAGAGCCAGGUCCUUAGUAGCCUGGACACUUGUAAAGAAAACACACAAGGUGUCCAGACAGAGGUCUCCAUGGUUGAGGGCAGAGUGUCUCAGAUGGAGAAAACUUGCAGCAAACUGGACUCCCUCUCGGAAAGUCUUCACAAGAUCAAGGAAGGGCUCAACAAGCAUGUGAGCAGCCUGUGGAGCUGCGUCAGGCAGAUGAAUGGUACCCUCCGGUUGCAUUCCAGAGACAUUUCUGGCCUGAAGAGUUCUGUCCAGCAGUUCUAUAGCCACGUUUUCCAGAUUUCUACUGACCUGCAAGAUCUGGUCAAAUUUCAACCAUUGGCAACGGAGGAGCCCUCUGAAGCACCCCAGCUGCCACCCUGGGGGAAGGGCCCACAGGCACCGGUCAGGCUGCCGGAGGCCCCCACGGAACCCGCUCGCCCGAAGCUGACCCUUGCCCCGCUGCCGAGACCCAGCGGCCCGCCGCCUCCCGAGGACCCCGGACAACGCCCCGUGCUGCCCAAGAGGCCCCUGUUGCCGCGGCCCCCCGAAGAAAUGCUGCCUCCGCCGGCGUGGCCCGGCUGGACAGGGCUGCCGUUGCUGCCUGGGUCCACGGGCGUCAUCAUGGAGACGGGAGAGGCCGGGCCUCCGGGCAGAAUGGGCGUGUCGGGCAGGGGCCUGCCCCAGGGGGUGGAUGGUCAAACUGGUCAGGCCCCUGUCCCCAACUCGGAAGGCUACGCAGGUGCACCAGGAUACCCCAGGUCACCUCCCGUAGCCUCCCCAGGGCUUCCAGUGCCUUCUCUGGUGUCAUUUUCUGCUGGGCUUACGCAGAAACCUUUUCCCAGUGAUGGAGGCGUUGUCCUCUUUAACAAAGUGCUGGUGAAUGAUGGAGAUGUCUAUAACCCCAAUACUGGGAUCUUCACAGCGCCUUACGAGGGGCGCUACCUGAUCACAGCCACCCUCACCCCUGAGAGAGACACCUACGUGGAAGCUGUCCUGUCGGUCUCCAAUGCCAGCGUGGCCCAGCUGCACACAGCAGGGUACAAGAGGGAGUUCCUGGAAUACCACCAGCCCCCGGGGGCACUCCACACGUGUGGGGGCCCGGGGGCCUUCCACCUCAUCGUGCACUUGAAGGUGGGGGAUGGCGUCAACAUCGUGGUGACUGGGGGCAGGCUGGCUCAGACGGACUUUGAUGAGAUGUACUCCACAUUCAGUGGGGUGCUCCUCUACCCUUUCUUUUCCCGCCUCUAGAUGGGCUGGGGCAAAGGGAAGGGUAAAGAUAAUUGUACAAACUCGAAGCUUUAAUAUAUUCAGUUUAGGUAUGUCAUUGGCGCACUGAUCUAGGGUAUUCUGCAUACAUCCCACCCGUUCCCCAGAAUAUAGGCCUUACCCGUGGUUCAGGCCACCACAGCUGAUAGUUACCAGGCGGGCAGAAAAAGCUGACACAUGGUUAAGGCUGCCACUGACUCUUCUGUCACACCAACUGAGCAACUGGAUGCCCUGGGAAUGCCCUUGACUUUCAGCGGAUCCUACCCUCCUCCAGCCUUCCCACUGCAGCUGAGCAGUCACUGGGAGCCCUGCCCGAGCGUCGCCCUUGUGCUCAGUUAGUUGCGAACUCAUAGGGUGCUGAAAAGAGGCUCCAACGGCUUCCCCUUUGGGCUAGGCCAGAAGAUGGCUUCCUGCUGGUGGAGGGGGAGCUGGGUGAGGGCUGAGAGGAGGCUGGAAUGGUCCCCUGGGGCUGUGGUCGUCACUGGGGAGCAGAGCUGCAGCCUCUGAUUUGUCUUUUACACUUUGCGGAGCAGUUUAAACACUGAAGGGCGCAAGUGCUGGGUGCCCCCCCCUCCCCCCCCAGAGACUGGAGUUCACAAUUUGGGCUGUUCGGUGUCCAUGGGGACACAUCACUGCUCACCAAGCCCUGGGUGGCCGGGUGCACAGAGACUAUGUUCCUGAAGCUUGUUGGGCUCCUCGAAUGACAUGUACAACUUAAGUGCAAAGACAGGGAGUAUCAAUAAAGAUGGAAAACCACUUGAAGUUAUUUUUCUGAAGUUUGGUGCCUCAUGGGUUGGGAGUUGUUAAAAUGCAAACUGUAGAAAGGUAUUUUACUUUUUUAUGGCUGUUGAAAGUAAGCUUGAGUAAAUUAAUCUCAACCAUAAACUUGUGGAACAUCCAAGCUGUACGCUGUUUUUUGGGCUUGUAAAGACAGGCCAGGUGUGCUUGGAGGUCAGCACCUGUGUGGUCCUGUGUGACGGAUCACCUAACCCGCAGUGGCCAAGCUCAGGAGACCCAGCACUCCUUGCUUCACUGCACACUCAGACAUGGCUUACAAAUGCUCAGCUUCCUACACAGCAAGAGGCCUGGCAUAAACUGGUCACACACCGCAGGCUGAGACACGCUGAGAAAGGCAACACGCUUCCCUUCUGUCUUAAAAGGAGUGCCCAGGCCGCCCAUCGUUUCCCCUGGCAGCAGCGAUAACCUCAGCACACUAAACCCUAGCUCAAGGUGGUCUUAACUAGUCGGACUGCUAAAAUCUACUGGCCACUUUAGUGCUACCGUUCCUGUCUAGGUGGGGUAUGCAGUGUCCUGGAGCCCCAGGGAAAGAUUUGGAUGGUACUAAAAGUAAAGCUUUGGUUUCCUUGGCCCAGAUGGACGCUGUUCUGCUGUAAAAACACUCUGGGUUUCAAGGAUUGCUUGCAAACCAAAUUAAACAGGGUGGCCAUAGGACACCUCAGAGAGGCCCUUCUUCCCUACCCACCCCGGGUCACUUGAAGAAACCCAAAGGCCUUUCCUUUCACUGGCUUCCGUUAAGAGCCCAGGUGGGGAGAACUGACCAAGAAUCAAAGGUUUAUUAUGGUUGUAGCGUGUUUUACAUUCGGGCCGCUGUCCCGAGGGAGGAGAAAGGAGCUCCUGCUCCCUCGGCUGGGGAACUGGAGAAUGGCCCUCCUGCCCCUCGUUCUCUAAGCUGGGGAACUGGCUAGGGGCAGCCGUCGGCUCACCCUUGGCUGUCCCAGAAAUGAUUCAUGGAAAAUAACAAUACAGUGGAGUGUUUUCAGGAAAACCCAGUCGGCGUGUGGACGCACGUUCGCUCUCUCGCUCACACUUUAAAGACCUUACUCAGUGCUCAAUAGCUGAAAAGGCAGGGACCAGAAAGAGCAACGGUUUUCUUUUUUCUACUCGAGAUGGUUCUCUCGGUUCCCCGUUAUCCUUCAGUGCAUCUCAACAACUCAUUUACUGAAUAAGGUGAUUUUCCGCUCUGUGUAUCCAAGACAGUCCAUGCAGA